GUGACGUCAUGCCAGACCGGGCAAACCUUUCGGUGCUCUUCCCCCUCUCUUGCUCUUCUUCCCCAGUCCCUUCCCUCCCUUCCCCCUCUGCUCCUGGGUCUUGGGGUUCUGCGGCCUCGGGAGUGGCGGGGGAGAUGAAGUAAGCGUUCGGGAGCGGUCAGGCGCGUGGCCCGAGCAGUCACAGCCCGGAGCAUUGAGGGAGCCGGCGGGGACGGGCCCCAGCACCGCCCCUCCAGGUAGUCGGCUGCGAGGUAACUUGAACUACUAAGUACUGCAGCCAUGGAGUCCAUGCUUAAUAAAUUGAAGAGUACUGUUACAAAAGUAACAGCUGAUGUCACUAGUGCUGUUAUGGGAAAUCCUGUCACCAGAGAAUUUGAUGUAGGUCGACACAUUGCCAGUGGUGGCAAUGGGCUGGCAUGGAAGAUUUUUAAUGGCACAAAGAAGUCAACUAAACAGGAAGUAGCUGUUUUUGUCUUUGAUAAAAAGCUGAUUGACAAAUAUCAAAAAUUCGAAAAGGAUCAAAUCAUUGAUUCUUUAAAACGAGGAGUCCAACAGCUCACCCGGCUACGCCACCCUCGACUUCUUACUGUCCAGCAUCCUUUAGAAGAGUCAAGGGAUUGCUUGGCAUUUUGUACAGAACCAGUUUUUGCAAGUUUAGCCAAUGUUCUUGGUAACUGGGAAAAUCUACCCUCUUCAAUAUCUCCAGACAUUAAGGAUUAUAAACUUUAUGAUGUAGAAACUAAGUAUGGUUUGCUUCAGGUUUCUGAAGGAUUGUCAUUUUUGCAUAGCAGUGUGAAAAUGGUUCAUGGAAAUGUUACUCCUGAAAAUAUAAUUUUGAAUAAAAGUGGAGCCUGGAAAAUAAUGGGCUUUGAUUUUUGUGUGUCGUCAAGCAAUCCUUCUGAACAAGAGCCUAAGUUUCCGUGUAAAGAGUGGGACCCAAACUUACCAUCAUUGUGUCUUCCAAAUCCUGAAUACUUGGCUCCUGAAUACAUCCUCUCUGUGAGCUGUGAGACAGCCAGUGAUAUGUACUCUUUAGGCACUGUUAUAUAUGCUGUGUUUAAUAAAGGGAAACCUAUAUUUGAAGUCAACAAGCAAGAUAUUUACAAGAGUUUCAGUAGACAGUUGGAUCAGCUGAGUCGUUUACGAUCUAGUUCACUUACAAGUAUACCUGAGGAAGUUCGUGAACAUGUCAAACUGUUGCUGAAUGUAACUCCAACUGUAAGGCCCGAUGCAGACCAAAUGACAAAAAUUCCCUUCUUUGAUGAUGUUGGUGCAGUCACACUUCAGUAUUUUGAUACCUUAUUCCAAAGAAAUAAUCUUCAGAAAUCACAGUUCUUCAAAGGAUUGCCAAAGGUUCUACCAAAGCUGCCUAAGCGUGUCAUCGUGCAGAGAAUUUUGCCUUGUUUGACUUCAGAAUUUGUAAACCCAGAUAUGGUACCUUUUGUUCUGCCUAAUGUUUUACUGAUUGCCGAGGAAUGCACCAAAGAAGAGUAUGUUAAAUUAAUUCUGCCUGAACUUGGUCCUGUGUUUAAACAGCAGGAGCCAAUCCAGAUUUUGUUAAUUUUCCUACAAAAAAUGGAUUUGCUCCUAACCAAAACCCCUCCUGAUGAGAUAAAGGACAUUUUACUUCCCAUGGUCUACAGAGCCUUGGAGGCUCCUUCCAUUCAGAUCCAGGAGCUCUGUCUAAACAUCAUCCCAACUUUUGCAAAUAUUAUAGACUAUCCAUCCAUGAAAAAUGCUUUGAUUCCAAGAAUUAAAAAUGCCUGUUUACAAACAUCUUCCCUUGCUGUUCGUGUGAAUUCAUUAGUCUGCUUAGGAAAGAUUUUGGAGUACUUGGAUAAGUGGUUUGUACUUGAUGAUAUCCUACCCUUCUUACAACAAAUUCCCUCCAAGGAGCCUGCAGUCCUCAUGGGAAUUUUAGUUCAGUUCUUUCAUUGCCGUCAUAAAGGAGAUGCUGAGCAGACUGGAGUCGGAACACAGGACUAAGCUGGAGCAGCUUCACAUGAUGCAGGAGCAGCAGAGGUCUUUGGACAUAGGAAAUCAAAUGAGUGCUCCCGAGGAGACAAACGUUGCACAUGCUGGAAGUCAGCAGAUUGACAAGGUCUUUAACAACAUUGGAGCAGACCUUCUAACUGGUGGUGAAUCAGAAAAUAAAGAAGAUGGGCUGCAGAAUAAACAGAAAAGAGCAUCACUUACACUUGAAGAAAAACAGAAAUUAGCAAAAGAACAGGAGCAGGCACAGAAGCUGAAAAGCCAGCAGCCUCUCAAGCCCCAGCCCCACACUCCCAUUGUGCCCAUCAAACAGACUAAGGACUUGACAGACACAUUGAUGGACAACAUGACCUCAUUGAGCAGCCUUUCUGUUAGCACUCCCAAGCUUUCUGCUUCAAGUACCUUCACGUCUGUUCCUUCCACUGGCCUCAGCAUGAUGUUCUCUACACCAAUUGAUAAUACAAAGAGAAAUUUGACAAAUGGUCUAAAUGCCAACAUGGGCUUUCAGACUUCCGGGUUCAACAUGCCAGUCAAUCCAAACCAGAACUUCUUCAGUGGUACAAGCACAGCUGGAGUGACCACGAUGACUCUGGGAGCAGCCCCCACUCUGUCAAACUACAGUUCUUUGAGUGUUCCUUCUGCUGGUGUGAAGCAGGCUCAACAGAGACCAACCGAUAUGUCUGCCCUUAAUAAUCUCUUUGGCCCUCAGAAACCCAAAGUUAGCAUGAACCAGCUAUCCCAACAGAAACCAAAUCAGUGGCUGAGUCAAUUUGUACCUCCUCCAGGGUCCCCAGGCCUGGGCAACGCAGCCAUGGGCACGCAGGUGAAUGUAAUAGGACAGACUGCCUUUGGUAUGCAGGGUAAUCCUUUCUUUAACCCACAGAACUUUGCACAGCCACCCACUACUAUGACCAGUAGCGGCUCAGCUAGCAAUGACUUGAAAGAUCUUUUCGGGUGAGGUGCCCAUGCUGCUCUUUGGAGGGUCACUGCACUUUCAGUCCUCGGUAAGCAGGUUUACAUCGCUGUGCAGCUGGCUUGAAGAAACUGCUUCUGGGAGAGACAGAGAGCACCUGCUUCCAUGCCAGCCAGUGCAGGAGUUGUGUGGAUCCUGGCCAGUUGAAUUUUUUAAAGCAUUGAGGAUUUUCUCUUACAAACGCCUCUUCAGGUUUUUAAAGAUCCAGUCCUUACUAGUCUCAAAGUACAAAAGGACAACCGAGUUAUCUUGAAUAGCAGUUUUUAAAUCAGAUAUUUAUUUUGGCUUGUAAAUCUUCAUGUUAUUAAAAACCUUAAGUUGAUGGUAACUGGAAGCUCACCUGUUAUCUACUGCCUUUGUAUUCAUUUGUCUUCAUUUAAUGUGAAGGAUCUUGAUGCUGGGUUGAUUGGUUUGCAAUUAUACAGCAGUGGAUGGUAACAUGAAGGAGGAUUGAGUCGUUUGCUUUUUCUAGUCUUAUUUUUCAAAGAAACUUACGCUUCGUACAAAAGACAGUAAAAAUGCUGCAAAUCUUAACUUAUAUUAAUUUUAUUGAUUUAAAAACAUUAUUGACCAUCUUAAAUGCAAACUAAUCAUUGUGAGUUAUAUUUUAGCAUGAUCUGCCUCAAAUAGCAAUGUAUUUUCUGCCUUUACUUGAAUAUAUUUAGGAUCACCUUUUCCCUGUUGUAUCACAGGAGAGCCAUGUACUGACUUGUACAGCAAACAGACGAAGCACCCGGAUACGGCUUUCUCGACCACUGCCUUCAUACGCGAGUUUGAAUUCAAACUUCUGAAGUUGCAGCAUAAAUGAAUUACAUUUUCAAAAGGAGAUUUGUAAAAAAAAAAAAAAAAAAAAAAAAAAAUUAAACUAUAUUUAAUGAGUAAACUUGAGAUUUCUGCCAUAUUGUUUCAAGUGUAAUAAACUCUAAAAAUGAGUGAGCCAUUGGUACCAACAGAUUGAAUGUUAGCUUGCCAUGGUAGUCCAGCCUUGUUAGUUACUACUAUUGAAGUUUAAUUCUUUUCUAGGAGUCCCAGAAACAUUUUGUUUUGUUUGGACAUUUUAGUGUCUGUAAAUCAGUCACUGUUAGAAAAGAAGAAAUCAAUUCUAAUAGGACACGCCUCACUUUCCAGAACCUGUCUCUGAUGUUUGUCUUUAAUUUGCCGAUUCUACCACAGAGCCUUAUGCUACAGCUGUCCUUUGUAUUUUUAAAAAUUAUAUUCCACUGUUAUGUGAUAACUAAAGAAAGAACUCUUUUAAAACUGUGUAUGUAUUAUAGUUGUUGCCAUAGUUUGUGGUUUUUAAUUAUCUGGAACCAGCAAUCAUUUAAAAUAAAUCAUAUAAAGUUUA